AUGAGAGUACACGCACUCUCGAAAUGUUCGUAUUCGCGGAAGUCAGAUCUUCAGAAGUUUAAAGGUCGUUUUCAAUGGUGGAAGGAUCCGUAUGUGCCCGUUCAUCCCGGUUGUAAUGUAUAUAUUGUUUACAGAGUUUACGUCGCCCCGGUUUCACAUCCUCUGCACAUUGGGCCUGACUUCUCAGUAUUAGGUGGUCGGGAACCCAGAAUUACAAAUUAUCCCGCAUUAAAACGACAGCAAGAACAGGAGGAGCUAGGAAAAAGGAUAGUCACCUUGUUGAAGCAGGUGAAUGAUGCUCAAGAAAUUCACAAUCAAUUUCAAAAAUCGGAAACGAAUUUGGCGAAUGAAAUCAAGAAAUGGACACCCUCAUCCAAGGGGAAUCAGCAGUUUAAUUAG